AUGGUGUACUUGGCGCACUCUGCUCAGGCGCAGCUUGGAGCUCUCCCGCUGGGGCUAGUGGGGUGUUCUCUGCUCGCCGUGUCGCUGGGUCUGGUGCAGUGGCGUGUCUGGCUGAUCCCGCAACACCCGAGUGUCUCCUCCGGCAUCGCAUGGAUCGCCAGCGGAAUCCUAGGCUUUGCUGCUCUUCUCUACGCAUUACGGAACGCCUUUUUCGGGAUAAAAAAGCGCACUAGGUUUGCUUUCCGCUCAGGAGGCGUGCUCACUCUGCUGGCGGCCAUCUUGUCGCUGAUUCCGCUUCUGUGGAACGCCGUGGUUGUGUUGCACGGCGGUUCCAUCAACUUCCCGCCAGACUUCAAACUCCCGCCAACGCCCGAGGAGCAGCAGGUGGGUGGGGCCGUGUGGGUAGGUCUCGUGGGUGUGGCUCUGCUGGUUGUCACGGCGAUCAUAAAUUUUUCCUACAAGCUGCCAGAAGACGGAGCACGGUGGGAACGACGAGGCAAAGACAACGCAGCCUUCCAGUUCGACGAUGUUCGGAUUUGA